GCCGUUUGCAGCACUGCGCUCCGCUGUUAUGUUGGCGCCCGCGUUGUCUUCCGUUUGCUGUCGUCGUCGUCGAUUGUUUCAUGGCUGACGUGUUCCGCAGGCUGCCGCUGCUGCUCCUCGUUGUCCUGUUGCUGCUCCUCGUGGUCCUCUUCCGCCUGUGCAUCCUUGGGAACAUGCCGCCGCGUCGACGCAAAAUAAGGUCUUCGAUGAAGGACGCCAGGAUGGAGGCACGGCAGGAGAUCCCCCGGUCCGAUGGGGAGCAGGUCGGAGGGAGGCGGUGCGGCGGGAGCCUGUCGACCGUUGGCAGGGCCUCCCAGCGGGUUGGGUGUGAUGCAUUGCCACCGCACUUGCAACCACUCCCCGGGUCAUCAGAUGAGGAGGAGGAGGUGGAGAGACGGCCACAAACCGUGUCGUUGGGCAGCGGAUCAAUGCAGCCACGGAGCUGUGCGGGACGGGCGGCGGCGUGUACAAGCAGUCGUUCACUGAACUCCUUCGACAUGGUCUUGGCGAAGACGAAGGAGAUGGCCACGUUAACCUUUGUUGAUCGAUCAGCGAGGACGAGGGCGUUGGCGAGUGAGACGGCGGGAGCGAACCGGAACUCGUCGACGGCCCAACCAGGGGCGGCCUCUCUGUCCAAGAGCGCCCAGGGUCGGCCGGAGUGGAUGCAGUUGCCAUCUCCCCUGUCUGCGGCGUCGGAAGUGGCACGAGGCCGUGGCGUCGGAGUCGACGGCGGGACUGACUUCUUGGAUGUUGGUGAUGGUCGCGACGGGAGGGAGGUGUGGAGGGACCUGCGGCGAGAUCACCGGUUGCGGCGAGAGGAAUACAUCACGCAGGGGGUGGAGUGUCUUCACGUGGGAGACCGGGAGAACAAGAACGAGACGGACGAUCCACCGGCGGAUGCAGAAGACGACGACGACGACGACGAAGACAACAAUACCGACAUGGCUGGUAAGGGUGGGAAGUCCAAGCCUUCCGGCCGCAAUGCUCGUUCGCGGGCGAAAAAACGGCAGGGAAAGGGGAGCGGUGGGGAAGGCGACCGUGAUGCGAAGGAGAAGCGCAACUUCUGGUCCGUGGAACACAUUAUAGCCCUCAUAAGGGCUAAACGUGACCAAGAUGCGCAUAUGCAGGGGAUGGAGCACGCAUACGCACGAAUGAAACCGCGGGAAUGGAAAUGGCAAGACGUCGCCCAAAGGUUGAAGAACGUCGGUGUGUACAGAAAUGCGGAGAAAUGCGGGAAGAAGUGGGACAAUCUAAUGCAGCAGUUCAUGAAAGUCCAUCACUUUCAAUCACCAUCAGGGGGUGUCGGCUUUUUCAUGUUGACGUCGAAGGAGAGGGCGAGCAGGAGCUUCAAUUUCACGAUGGAUCGCGCAGUUUAUGACGAGAUAGAGGGGUCGACUGGGAUGAACCACACCAUCCACCCGAGGAACGUGGCAGACACCGGUGCGUCGGGCGGCGUGCACCCGCCUUCGACGUCUUACGUGGAUCCUGACUCGGUGGUCGACGAGGAAGGUGGUGCAGGGCGAGAAGACGACAAGGAGGGGUCGACGCGAGGCUCUUCGCAGACGACGGGCACCCCCGGCGUUUCUGGGAAAAGGAAGAACACGAGGCAGCAGACUUUCGAGGCGCUGACGGAAUGCAUGGAGAAACAAUGGGAGCUGAUGGCAUCGACGAUGGAGAGUGCGAGCAAGCGGCAAUGCUCUAUCCAGGUCCGGCAGUGCGAGGCGUUGGAAGCGGAGGUGGAAGUGCAAAGGAAGCACUAUGCCGCGUCAGACGAAAGGAAGGGCGUCAAAGUCGUGGCCGCUGGCAGUGCGCGAGACGUUGUGGAGGAGGUUGUGGUGGAGGAAGAGAUGACGAACGACGACGACGGCUUUGAAGAUGACGACGAUGAACCACAGCCGAGGAAGGCGAGGGUCGGUUCCGCGGUGGGGAUUAGAAUAAACGAGGGGGGGGAAGGGACACCGGCCGCACGGCGCGGCGGUGGCGUUGCCGCUGCUAACCAACCAGUCUUUGUCGACGUGGCACGCGACGUCGCAAGGAGGGAUGUCGCUGGCCGAGCGAAGGAAGGGGCCGCAUCGCAUGAGACUGCGCAACGCGUGCUUGUGCCAGUGAAUCGCCCCCGAACCCCAGCUGCAGACGUGGCGGGGGGUUCCCAAGCAGCGGUUGAAGGUGGGACGUCGCGAUCUCCCGCGGUGGCGGCGCGAGGCGGUGCUGUGGCGGUCCCGGGAGAGGCGGUUGACGUCCCGAAGGGAGGAGAUGGCGUGGCGGGCGGGGAAGACGACGAGGCUCUGGUGCACAGGCUGCGAGGGCAACGAGCGGCGACACAUGCGAUGGAUGCCGCCGCCAAACUUUGGGAGGAUGACAACAGAGUCUGGAACGACACGCAGGGGAGCGCCGUAGUGAGGAUAAUCCAAGAAGCGCCGCGUAUCUCUUUGGUGAGCCCAAUGUUGUUCUACACCACAUUGAACGCAGACAUGAAGUUGCCUUUUUGGUUCAUGGGCGUGAACAUAGUGGACAGGCACGAGGACGAUGAGUGCACGGCUUACCAGGAAGCUUGUAUCCAACGUCUUGUGCGGGAUUUCACAAGCGUCGUUGGCACAGCAGAAGCUAUGGAUGGUGGUCGAGUGUCGUACGAGCGUCUAAAGGGGAUGGCAAAGGCGAUGAGGUAUUUGCUCGCCGCCACGAUGUGGAUUAUGCGAAUGGCAGGGGAGGAUCCGAGAUCGCAUUACGACGCUUGGGUUUUCGUUCAACUGAUGGCGAAGACGAUGCUGCUGGCGUCCGUGAAUUGUCAAUUCGUCGCCCGCCGACACAUCACGCAAUCCGCCCAGGUCAUGACAGACAAGUUGGGGAGACCGCCUCCAACCUUCGCCCCCCCACCUGUGUACAUCCCCGAUUGGGCGUCUAAGUGCGGGGUCACUUUCUGGCACGACGCCACGUUGGCCUCCCCGACGGAGGCGAAACGGUUGGAUUGGCUGGGGACAGGUCCCCCCGAGGACGACGACGACGACGCCGAAGGCGAUGACAAAGGCGAGGGGGGGUGACGCGUAGACGACGUUGAUGG